AUGAAGGCUUCGGUGAUGACCAUGUGCUCCGGAUCGCGCACUUGUCAAGCAUGCGACUACAUCAGCUCGGAUGAUACCGCCGACAUGGCCAAGCUACAUGACGGACCGCAGACAGGAAAGUUCAUGCUGGACGGGCACGAGCAGGAGAUGAUAGUCUGGUCCGAGAACGACCUGUUUUGUCUUCAACCUUACAAAUGGAACACCCUCACCAGGAUCAGCCCACAGCACGCGGCCAUUUCCCCCCGACAAGGCAAACUGCAUCUCAGGCACGUCGCGUUUGAACUGCCGCACGACGAGAUAAUCAACCUCUCCUGCGAAUACUACUACCCUCAACCCGACGAGAAUGCCCCCGAGCCAUCAUCCCACCCCAUGCUAAAGUGCAUGAAUGACCUCAUCGACGACGAACGUCUCCGGCACAUUAAAAACGUCUGGUUGAUAGACUACGAACUCAAGAGAGCGAACCCGCGACCCGCCGCGCGACAGUUCUGCGCAAACGGGCUGAGGUUCGUCGAGGUUACGGAGCGGGAUGCCGAUGAGUGGACUGACCGUCGGGGGGACGGUAAGGAUGCGCUGGAGUUUGUCGGGUGGCUGAAAUACUUGAACACCUGGCAAGAUGAGAAUGCUCCUCCUGAAUUUGGGGUUUUGGCGUGUGAGGAAUGCUGA